AUGUCCGAGCGUAAAGUCCUCAACAAGUAUUUCCCUCCAGACUUUGACCCGUCAAAGAUCCCCAGGAAGAAGGUCAACAAGGAUGCGCAACAGGUCGUCCGUCUGAUGGCGCCGUUUACGAUGUGUUGCAGGACGUGUGGAGAGUUCAUCUACAAGGGAAAGAAAUUCAACGCAAAGAAGGAGACGGCUCUGGGCGAGACGUAUUAUGGCAUCAAGAUCUUCCGGUUCUACAUCAAAUGCACGAGAUGUAGCGCCGAGAUCACAUUCAAGACGGAUCCGCAGAACGCUGAUUACAUCUGCGAACACGGCGCCAGUCGGAAUUUCGAGCCGACAAACGAGGCCUUGUCUCGAAUGCCCAACGCAGCGGAAGACGACGAGGACAAUGUUUCGGAAGAGGAAGACCCGAUGAAGGCUUUGGAAGAGUCCCAAGCCGCAUCAAAACGACAGAUGGAGGAGGAAGACGCCUUGGCAGAUCUACGACAGCGGAACGCACGGAUGGAGAGAUCUGAUCGGGACAUGGAAGAGAUCUUGAAAACCCAACACGCAUCGAGAGAUAAGGCAGCCGAGGAGCGACGGAAGCGAGAGUUGGAGGAGGAGGACGAAGAGGUCAACAAGUUCUUCUACAAGGUCAAGGCGCCCGGUGCGCCCGCGGCCGGACCUAGCAAGGGCAAAGGAAAGGCAGCAGGAGGGAUGGGAUUGAUGGGCGGUUAUGGCUCUGGGUCGGACGACGAUGAUGAGGCAGAUAAUGACGACGACGAGGGGAAGUCGGCUGGGCCAGUCGCCGAACCUACGGUGACCGUCAAAAGGAGACCGAUGGGAUCGAGCGCGGGCGAACCUACGGUGCAGGACCUACUCAAAGCCAAGGGGAUCGCC